AUGGUUGAGAUUUCRGAAGGAGAUGAUSUACAAAGUCCUCCACCUCCGUCAAAGAACAACGAGAAGAAACCGAUUAACCAAUUAAAACCAAACAAAUCUGGUGUGGAAUUCAAACGUCAAAGAAAACUUACAUCUGAGGUAUGGAAUAGCUUUGAUUUUAUGGAUCCUGAUGAAAAUGGUGAGUUAUAUUGUAAAUGUAAACAGURUGGUCAGGUUUAUAAUGYUGAAACUAGAAUGGGUACCGGGAAUUUGAAACGCCAUAUUAGAAAUUGCAAAAAAAGUCGAUUUAAGGAUAUUGGGCAGAUGGUGUUGGAUUAUGGUGGUARUGGUGGUUCAUUAAAUAGUAGGCUCCCUGAUUUUAACCCUAAUACUUUUCGUGAGCUAUUAGCUAGUGCUGUUGUGAAACAUGAAUUGCYAUUUCAAUUUGCAGAAUAUGAGGGAAUUAGGAAGUGUUUCACUUAUUUAAAUUCUGAAGUGAAAGUUGUUUCAAGGAAUACCAUAAAGGCUGAUAUUUUGAAGAUGUAUAGGAUGGAAAAGUUGAAAAUUAAAGAUGCUUUAAUUUGUGCUCCURGUAGGAUUUGUUUGACCUCUGAUUGUUGGACAUCCAUAACCACUGAUGGUUAUAUGUCCUUGACUGCCCAUUUCAUUGACAAUUCUUGGAACUUGCAAAAAAUGAUUCUAAAUUUUAGUUUUUUGGCUCCACCACACACUGGUCUUGCUUUGAGUGAUCAUGUGUUUAGUCUUUUGAAGGAUUGGGGGAUUCAAAAGAAAGUGUUUUCAAUUACUCUAUAUAACGCUUCUUCUAAUGAUGCAAUGGAUGGAUUGAAAGAGGUUGAUGAUGCUAUUAUAAAGGUUAGAAAUAAUGUGAAGUACUAUAAAGGUUCACAAUCUAGGAGGCAAAGGUUUUUAAGUAGUGUUGCACAUGUAGAGCUACAAUCUUCAAGGGGUUUAAGACAAGAUGUUCCUACUCGAUGGAACUCGACUUACAUUAUGUUGGAUUCAGUUUUGUACUAUAAAAAAGCUUUUAUUCAUUUGGCGAAAACUGAUGCUAAUUAUUUGAAUUGUCCAACAAGUGAUGAGUGGGGAAGAAUUGAAAGGACUUUCAAGUUCUUGAAGGUUUUCUACGAGUUAACUUGUGCAUUUUCUGGCUCUAAAUAUACUACUACCAAUCUUUAUUUUGCUAAUGUUUUGACGGUUAGAAUGUUGUUACACAAAGAAAAAGAUAGUGAUGAUACUUUCAUGAAAAACAUGGCUAGUCGGAUGUAUGAGAAGUUUGAGAAAUAUUGGCCUAAUUUUAGCACAGUUAUGGCAUUUGCGGCUGUUUUGGAUCCUCGUUAUAAAUUUCAGAUUGUUAAAUGGGGUUAUGAGAAAGUUUAUGGGCACGAGUACAAAUCUGAGUUGGCAAUAAUAAAAAAGAAAUUGUUUUCAUUAUUUAAUGAGUAUGUGGAUGAGUCACAUUUGAAUAAAACCAAAGUUGGUCAACCUAAGAGUGGAUCGUUGGACUCCCAAGAAGGAUCUCAAGAUGUGCUAGAUGUGGUUUCUGCUUCACUUAUGAUGGACUUCGAUACCUUUUCAAAUAAGGUGACUUCUCAAGCCGUAAAAUCUGAACUUGAAUGUUAUUUAGAGGAGAAGCUCAUGCCUCGUGUGAACAAUCUAAACAUUUUGGACUAUUGGAGAACUCAUGAGGUUAGGUAUCCAACUCUUGCUCGGAUAGCUAGGGACAUCUUAGCUAUCCCUAUCUCAACAGUGGCAUCUGAAUCUGCUUUUAGCAUCAGCGGUAGGGUCCUUGAUGCUUAUAGAAGUUCAUUGAAGUCUUCUACAGUUGAGGCUAUUAUUUGUCUAAGAGAUUGGGUAUAUGGAGAAGUACAAAUGGAAGCGCAUCUUGAGGCGCUAUGUGGAGCAAUCAUGACAGAGAAGAUAGAAGAUCAAGAAGAAAGUAAUACCGAGAUUGAAAUUAGGGUUGAUGAAAGUGGAAGUCGAGUUACUUAG